AUGGUACGACAUUGCCUAAUUAUAAUUGUGCAGACAAUACACGUGGGAUACUGUACAAAAACAGUUGUGAGGAUAAAACCUGAAUCAGCUGGGAAUAUUGGUUAG